AUGGAUGAAGGUAAUGGAUGGUCAUACCAAGCAGCGGAGCAGCCGCCAGAAAAUCCAGUAUUUCAAGAAAUAUCUCGCGUAUUAGCUCCGAUUGAUGAAAAUUUGUCACUGUUCGAUUGUUUCUCAAAUUUUUUUCCUGAUUCUUUUUGGAACUUGCUCAAGACUGAAACAAAUCGUUAUGCAGCUCAAAUGAAGGCUAAACAAACGCGACAAGGUAUCCUGAAACCUGGCACUAUGCUUUAUAUAUGGAAACCUGUCACGAAACAGGAACUAAAAACUUUUUUUUCCAUAGUGAUUCAUAUGACACUCGUUCAAAAAGAAAGUUUCGAUUCUUACUGGUCAACUCGUGAAAUAAUAGAAACUUCAUUUGCCAGAAAGCACAUGAAUAGGAACCGAUUCAGAGCUAUUUACAGCUGUCUUCAUUUGAACGACAACUCAAAUUAUAAACCACGUAAUGAUCCCGAAUACGAUGCUUUUUUCAAACUCCGACCGUAUUUCAAUGAACUGUGUUUUCUGUGUGAGAACAGUUUUUAUCCCAACGAAAACUUGACGAUCGAUGAGGGCACUUGUGGAUUUAGGGGUCGAGUGCACUUCAGAGUUUACAAUAAAGAUAAGCCCGAUAAAUACGGUAUGAAAGUGUACAUGCUUUGUGACGCGGAAACGGGCUACAUACUACGCAUGGUUCCCUAUGUCGGCGACUCGAAAUCUGUCGAGACUAUUAUCACGGAAUUGAGUGAACCAUAUUUUGGUAAAUGGCACACCAUUUAUAUGGAUCGUUUUUUUACGAGUCCGACAAUUGCAGACUUACUUUGGCUGAAGAAAACUCGCACUGUCGGCACAGUGAUGGCAAAUCGUCGUGGUCUGCCACAGGAUUGGCGACAACAAUCUUUGGAAAAAGAUGAAAUGGCUUUUUGUCACCGCGGAAAUCUAACUGCCUGUAAAUGGAGAGAUAAGCGUGAUGUACUUAUACUCACGACGAAACAUGGAGCUAGCUGGACAGAGGUGGAUGCAAAAGUCAAAGGUGUGGGCGUAACCAAAAAGGUGAAACCAGACUGCAUCCUCGACUAUAACCAUUAUAAAAUUGGCGUAGAUCUCAAUGACCAAUAUGUGUCCUAUUAUUCGUUAAAUAGAAAAAGUAUGAAAUGGUGGAAAAAAAUGUUUUUCAAUUUAGUAGCGCGUUCUCUGGUAAACGCUUACAUUUUAUACAAUAAAUCCAGAGAACAACGACGCCGCCUGCGAUUCUCGCAGUUUCUGAUGGACUGUGGUGAACAGCUGGUGGAAACUGCAUCAGAUGCUGAAGCAGGACCCUCCCGUGGUCCACAUGCUGUCGGGACUAGCACGAGGCUCGUCGGCAGGCACUUCAUGGAGAGGAUUCCAAGCUCGGAAAAGAAAGAUAAAGUCGCACGAGUUUGCAAAAAAAAAUUAAAAAGAUUUGAUAACGCUAAAUUAUCUUCAAGAACCACACUUUCCGAUCCGCUGUGGGAAAUAGAAGUCGAGAAAUUGUUUGGAAAUGAAAAAGUAGCAGGCGUUAUUUAA